AUGGCCUCCACCACAAUCUCUACCUCCCCUGACAAAGCGUUUCUCGACAAAUUCAUCUCUCUCCUCUCGCGCUCCUACCUGACCACGCCCCUCACUACAGCCUUCAUUACCGAGAUUGAUGGCACACCAUCGUCAGCCAAUCAAGCCGAGGUGAUAACCCCCGAACGUUUGACGCAGCACUUCACACUCGGCGUCACAGCCGCAGCCCGAAGUAAUGUCGUCGUGAUCGAGAGCGGGGAUUUCACCGCCGCAGCGCUCUGGGAACCGCCUGACUUCUGCGGGAUCCCUCCAUCCCAGGCGCGCCGCAACCCAGGCCCAAUCUUGCAAGAAUGGCGCACCACCGCGCGCAAGAUGAAAGCAAAAUACCUCUCCCUGCCUGACCAGGGCCCACACAGCUGGGACCAGCCCGCAGCCCCAAGUCAGUCAUCUGGUGCGCCGUCCGAGGACCCCUACCCUGCAGAUUUCAACAAGGACGUGGACUUUGAGACGAGGCCGUUUUAUCACCUCGCGAUGCUGGCAAGAGAUCCCGAUGUGGAUGAACAGAAGAGUUUUGCGGCAGCGAAGGCUUGUAUGGAUGAGUUUCUGAAGAAGGCAAAGGAGGAGGAUGUGCCUGUCUGGCUCGAGACGGCCAGCGAGGCCUCGAAGAAAGAGUAUGAGAAUCUUGGGUUCAGGGUGUGUGAGGAGGUGGUUAUUGGAAAGGGCAGGGUCAAUGCUAAAGGGUGGCCGCAAGAGGGAGGUGAAGGAGUCAAGACUUGGGCCAUGAUUUGGGAUGAGCAUUUGCAGUGA